AUGAGACCUGUCCCACUGUUUCUUGCGAAGUUGAAGCCGUACCAACCCGUGGUGCACUUGUGGCUGUUGUAUGCGCAGAACGUGGCCAGGGACGGCUUGAAGUUCGAAAAGGAACUCGUGGAGUCUGGAACCUCGAUGGACGACCUCGAGGCCGCGAUCAUGAACGACGAGUACGGGGUGACGCCCGAGCACAGUGUGGACGUGUUCUUCAACCCGCAGGAUUUGCCCGUUCCCACGAUCUUGGCGUACAGCGAGGCGCUCUUCCCAAAGCCGCACGACUGGCCAGAGACGGAGAAUUUGAUGGUCGUUGGCCAGAUGAAGUUGCCCCCGCGCGACCACGGGGUGCCCGGGAGCGAGGCUACGCCGAGCAGCGCCUCCAACUCCGACCCGGAGGCGGCCGUGCGCGACCAGUGCCUGGCCUUCCUCGCCGCCGGCGCGGCGCCGGUCUACGUCGGCUGGGGCUCCAUGGUCGUCGAGUCCGGCGCGUGGAUGUGCCGGCUCGCCGUAGGGGCGCUGCAGCGGGCGGGCCUGCGCGGCAUCAUCGUGUCUGGCUGGGCGGAGAUGACCGUCGAGAGUCUGGUGGGCUCUCCAGAUGAGGAAGAGCUGCGAUCGUAUUGCGCCGGCAAUGUUUUAUUUGUGUCGGCCGUAUCCCACGAGUGGUUGUUUCCGAAGUGCAUUUGCGCGCUGCAUCAUGGAGGUAUUGGCACCCUGCACGCUUCACUAGAAGCCGGGCUGCCGACCCUCAUCACGCCGGUGUUCGCGGACCAGUGGGACAGCGGCGCCAUGCUGGUGCGGUCCGGGCUGGGGGCGGCCACCGAGAAGACCUUGAGGAAGGUCACGGCGGAGGAGCUCGGUGACAAGCUGCGGUCGUGCUGCGAGGACGGCGAGAUGCGCGCCAGGGUGCGGCGCGUGGCGGCGGCCAUGGCCAAGGAGAACGCCGUCGGCACCGUGGCCGACUGGCUGGAGACGUUCCUGGGAGCGGAGGGCGCGGCCGAGAGGUGGGACCAGAAGUGCCUUGCGAGGCGCCAGAGCCUCCAGGCGAGGUUCCGCGGCAGGAAGCACUUGCCGAUCGAGCAGGUCGUAUCCAGGAUCGGCUUCGAGAUUGCGGCCAGAUUUCCGCAGAUCAAGGCGUUCUUUGAGAGGGAGCAGGCGAAUUUCCUGGAGCAGCUGGAGAUCGGCGGGCGGGGGUGCCUGUUCACAGUGGUGCCCAAGAGCGGUCUCCUGGUGAAGGAAGCCAGCAGCCUGGACUCACGAGAGCUGGGCCGACUCGAGGAGAGGUCCGUUGUGGAGAAGCUGGACGAGAAGGGCGCGAGGUGGCGCGUCCGGCUGCUCGACGGCAGCGGGCCAGUGCAGGGCUGGAUCUCCAGGACGGUGGCCGGGAAGGACAUGAUGAAGGCGCUGUCGGGCAUGAAGGAGCCCGGAUGCGGCUUCUGCAGCUGCCGCUCCCGCCUCUGGGAGCCGCUUGUGCUGGCCCCGCCCGCCUGCCUCCUCCUGUACCUCUCGCAGGCGCUGCCGGCGCAGCGGGCUGGGCAGCCCCCCGAGGUGACAAUGCGCGCUGCAGCGAAGGCGGCUGCGACGACGCAGCCCCCGCCCGCGCCGGCACAGAGCGCACGCGAGGCCAAGCGGUGCACCCUCGCAGCGUGCUCGCUGGGCGACCCUGCGCUGCCGCGGCUGUUCGUGGCCGACCUCGUCGACGGAGGGGCCGCGGGCCAGCACUGCAGACACACACACACACAGACACGACAGUGGGCGAUCGACGAGCACGGCCACAACUUCACCAGGCUUGUAGACGAGUUCUUCGGUAGCGGCGCAUCGCUGCAAUUGUUCGUCCAUGGGCCCAAGACCUACGCGGCGAGAUUCAACGAGGAGAAGGACCUGCUGCAGAACAGGACGCUCCUGCGCAACUCGACGGACGUCUACCUGUUCUCCGCCACCCUCUGGGGCUACGGGAAGAAGUUCGACAGCGAGAGCGCGGCGUCCUCGCCCGUCAUGGACUACUUCUCGCCGGCGGUGCGGCAGGCCCUGCGGCGGCCGACCGCGUCGCUCCCGCUCCACUUCGCGCCGCGGCGCCCGGCCGUGGGUGUGCACGUGAGGCGCGGCGACCUCCCCAAGAGCAGUGUCCGCGUCGUUCCGGACGAGUACUACCUAGGCCUGAUAGACGCGGUGAGGAGCGUGAUCCCCGAAGCGGACGUACACCUCUGGAGCUCCGUGGGCUCUGGGCGUGCCGCCAGCCCCUGGGCGGCCUCGGACUUCGACGGCUUCCGCGCGCGGGGUGUCGCCGUGCACCUCGACGAGGCGGGCUGGCGGCCUACAGUCAAUAUCAACUACAGGCGCCGCUCGCUGUCCGCAAGUAUGCAGACGAUGCCAGAGACGAACUUUCGUGCUCACCUUGCCAAGACCAAGUUCUGCUCGUACUUCCACAGGGGGACGUGCCACUACGGUGAUCAGUGCGCGUUCGCGCACUUUGCGAGCGAGCUCCAGAGCACGCCCAACCUGCAGAAGACGCGGUUGUGCGAGGCGUUCUUGAAAGGCUGCUGCCAGAAGACCGACUGCAAGUUUGCUCAUGGCAAGCACGAGCUGAUCACGGCGGAGUUGUUCCACAAGACUACCAUGUGUUCCUGGCAUGAGAAGGGCAAGUGCCGCUACGGGGACAGGUGCCGCUUCGCUCAUGGCGGCGACGAGCUGCGGCCGCCGCAGCCGCACCAGCUCAAGUCGCAGAGCGGCGCGUCCGUGGACGGGGACUCCUCGUCCAAGUCCGAGACCAGCACCGACGUCCCCGACGCCAGCCCCGCGAGCUCCGUGCGGGGCUCCCUGGGCGGCCGCAGGCCCUCGCCGGCGGCGGCCCGCCGCCCGGCGCCCCGGGGCCUCGCGGCGCCCCCGGGGCUCUCGAUGCUUCCUGGCGGGCUGCUGGGCGAGGUGCCCGCGAAGCCCCGAGGGGGCGCCGCGUCGCCGCCCGGGCUCUGGGCGCCCGCCGGCCCGCAGCGCGGCGAGCCGCGGACUGCCGCACUCAACACGACUGCGGCGGAGGAUCCCUACCUGCCCGUGAAGGUCUAUUCGAGCUUGGUGCCGUGUUCGCAGCCCUACCCGCACGGACACCACUACAACGCGCUCGACGCGUGAGGGGGGCGGGCGUGCAACGGGUCCUCCUCCUCCCUCGACCUCGGCGGCGCCACACGGCGGGGCAGUCUUUACGGAUGCGGGGUGCGGAGCGCCUCCGCAUUUGCCAGUCCAAUCGAGAACGCGAGGCCGAUGUCUGGGUCAGUGGGUAGAUGCUCCCUCGCCGCAGCACACCAGGCCACGCCAGUCUGCAUCUUUUCGCACCGGGCUGGCGGAGCCGCCGCCGCUGGGCCGAAGCCCUGGGCGGCCAUCCAGGGUGCUACCCUUCGCUCCUCUCCUCGGGGGGGGGACGUCGGCUGCCCACGGGCACCCGUGUCGGUCAUAGGCAAGGCCACGACGGCGUGUGCACCGAUCUUGGGCCCCCAGCCGAUGGCUGGGUGUUGUAUUCAACCACUGUCCUCCGAGCUUCCCCCCACUUCCCUUCCCCCCCUUUCCCCCCCUUUCCCCCUCCUUUUCGAAGAGGGGGGGGGCCAUUAGCUCCAUCACCUUCGCCUUCCCUCCGCUAGAUUACAUCAGCGCACGGAGUGCGCCUCUCAUUUUCAAUUCUGGGUGCCUGGCUGCCAACUGGCUUGCGCUUGCUUUGUGCAGGCACGGCGCUCUUGCUUCGCACGGUGGGGUCGGAUUGGGUGGUGCGCGAGGAUGAGGAUUCAUCCCUUCGACCAUCGUUCUUGCAUUUUCUGAUGGGGCAUCGGAGCGGAGCAAGUGCGCAAGCAAGAGCAGCAUGCCAUUGCAGCCCUUGCGCCCACACGGCACUGUUUUUAGACAGCCGCAGCAUCCGCGGCCCAGUUUUUUUUUGACGCAGCUUGAUCGAUCCAUCGAAAGUGGCGUGCGGCUCGACGAUGGCCUCCUCCAAGUCCUGGCACUCCUUGCGCUGUUUGUGGUGGCUCUGCUCCGCGUUCUCCAGCCGCGUCGACAGCGGUAGUGCAGUUUGCCCGGACAUCGGUCCCCUCUGUCGAGCGAGCGGCAAUGCUGAGUGUGAGUGGGCCACGUCACACUGGCCUGCGGCGCCAUGUGCAUGGGAUCCCCCUUGAAGCCUCUGGGCAGGAGGUUGGCGACCGUCAGUACGACCCCCAGGUGGGAAGGGGGAUGAUUGGACUGCUGGUUGCGAUGCGUGUCUCUCAAAUCGAGCUGCUGCGGCAUUGAGUUGGAUGCCCUCCACAACUCUGAGACAAGCUUGAAGCAAUGCGAACCGUCCUGCCUUUUCGAGCAUAGUUCGCGUGCUCAUGCGGGGCUGGGUCCUUAGGCCAUUCAGCUUUCUACUUGCUUGCAUGCCCCAGUAUUGACUUUUUGACUGGGGGUCGCGGCGCAUUUUCAUGUCGACUGGCGUGUUCGAUGUUGGGGUGCUCAGGGCCACAUGGCCAGAGGAAAUAACGCACGGGAUCUCAUGUUAGAUUGGCGUUCGCUAGCGCGCAUGUGCAUCCGGAAAGUUGUUUGGGGGCUUGGGGCGCAGCAUGAAGCUGUCUCGAGUGGCACGGGCACUCGGAAUUGCGAUUCACAGUUGUAUUGCAUAAUGUGUGGCGCAGGUGUUGGUCGCCGUCUGCUCCUCAACAUCGUGACCCUCGCCAGAGCAGUUUGCUUGCCAUGCCGGUGGCAGCAAGGGGGUCAAACAUGCGUCGUGUAGCAAGUAGACGCUUCAGAGCAAUAUUCUACCGAUAAGCCGCUUGAGACCGAGCGAGCAGCAAUACAUCGAACGCUUCUUCAGGGGCACGAGUCUCAGUGACCCUUUCGUUUCCGUCGGAACUGUACAGCCGAGUGUCUCUGCUGUUGGAAGGGAUGUCUGUUGAGCAGGACCACGUCUCCGCCGAGGCACCGCGCUAGCCUCGAGCAUGCUUCCUGUGCUCAUGGUGGAGAUGGCGGGGUGCGAUCGCAUUCCCAUGUAGGUUGGAUUGUCACAGCUAUCCUCGCCAGCGAUGGUCUUCGCAUGCGGCGGUGAUGGCUGCUCGUUCUACACGCCGAGGCGUACUGCCAAUUGCGUGACUCGCACGGAUCACUAAUGUUAUUAGCGGCGGGCGCGUUCUUGCAAAAUCCCGGAUUUUAGUUCCGGGUGGGCGAUGUUAUGGCUUUAUCUUGAAAGGUAUGCCAUCAACCACUCCGAUUAACUUUUGAUUGUUUGUGCACGUGGCAGCCACGCACGGUCCGCGAGAGUAUGGAAAUGUGUCUCUUGCUCACAUGUGCACGUACGUGUUAUUGUCGUUUGGGCGCGGACGCGUGUGUGCAUGCACAAAUUGUGACACCAGAGGCGAUAGGAUUAUCUUGAGACUUGCCUCUGUCACCAGCGCUUUUUUGAGACCCUGUCAGACCAAGCUGCUGGUCCGUCACAGGCCCAGCUGUUGGAGCAGCGAGUGCGGUGGCACGUCCUCAUCGUAGGUCUCACGACUUUGCAGCUUGUCCCACCCGUGCGAGUUCCCAUACCGCCCUUCCUGGCCUUUUGUGGCGCUGUUGCCUAAGGGGUGCGAACUCUUGCAGCUUCUCGUUUGAGCAGCCUUCGACACUCCAGAGCUGUGCACGUGCAUUUCCAGAUCUUGCCACACGUGCCCGUUGACCCGUUCGUGGUUCGCGGACGUCAGCGAGGCAUGUUGGCAGGCGAGGCGCUCGCGCGUCGCCCUAGACCCUCGCGGGCGGGGUGUGGAGCGCAGCCCGACUGGGCGGGGCUCUCUGCAGAGGAUGUCUUUCAAUUACCGCCGCUGCGGGCCGCCGCCUCGCGCAGGGGCAGGAACGUCGAGCCUCCCGAGAGCACUGCCCAGCUGCCUGCGGCAGAUCCGCCGCCGUGCCAGCGACGCUCCUACGCCUCAGUCGUCACGCUGCAUACCUCCGAGGGCGGGACCAGCGCUAUCCCUUGACGGCACAGCGCCUUUGGCCGCCACCGCCCGGUUGGCACGUGCUCCAAGGACCCCUGGCAGAGUCGCCGGCCACGGCCUUCGCCUUCGCCGACCUGUUCACCCGUCUCGCGAGCGCCCUGCAGGCCGACCUGCCCAGGACGGGGCGCUUCGCCAGGACACCGGCGAAGUCCAUGGACCAGGCCUCCUUCUGGAGCCAUCCCCAACAUGUCUCGACCAGGUUCAAGUCUGGGUUGCGCGCAGCGGAGCGCGCGAGAGUGAAAUCGUCCUGUCCGUGCGCGCGGUGGCGGGCGGUGCUCGUCAAGAAAGAUCCGUGUCCCGAAA